UUGGUCUCUUGCUGAUUAUUGUACACGGUUAUGUUCUCUCGAAUCUUUUACGCUCAAACACAAUUUUAUUCUUGUCGACGUCCUGCAACAACAUCACAGAGCAUGUGUUCAGGACAUCACGAUUACUCGGCAAACGCGUAUGUCCCAGGUGGACUACCUCGACGAUCUAACUAUUACGUAUCGACACCUGACGUUUGAAGAAUGUAUACCCAGCAGCACGAUCCUUCGAGCGGUGCUAGCAAACGUCCAUACCGCGCCGAUCUUUCUCGGUCACAACAGAAUGAGCUUUCGUCAGAGUUCCUGAGGAAUUAUGCUUUCAGGUAUCUGCACUUGCAUUGCGUGGGGGUGUGCAUCGGAGUAUUGUGCUACAUCGCUUGUUCGGUGUUUUUCCUCGGGUUGGUUUUCCUGGGGUUCGAGUCUUCUUUUUUCCAGUUCGGUUUAUCAUGCUUGCGAUUGCGCUGUUUGCGUUUUUGGGCAUGUUUAGUGGGAAUGCGUACACGUAUCGCAAUGGGACUUAAUGAAAGGAUUGCAUUAAUCAGACUGGGCUUCGUAGAUAUGAUAUGGACAAGAAUGCAAGUAUACAAAUAUCAAAAAUUUAACACUAUUCACAACCAGCCUGCAUUGUAUUCUUGAACUGGUAGUUCUCAAUAGCUUCCUCACAUUCAUUACUUGUCUUCCAAAUCUGAUACCGACUCGAUAUGAUGGCUGAGUGAAGCAUGGAUGUUCGAG